AUGGGCUGCUCUUUAAGAGGAUCAAUGACAAGUCCCAUGGAUAUACCAAAAGGAGAUAAGCUCGUGUUGAGGGGUUUAAAGUUCCAUGGAUAUCACGGGGUGAAUCCAGAAGAAACGAAGCUGGGACAGAAGUUCUUGGUGGAUGUUGUUGCUUGGAUUGAUCUUCGACCAGCUGGUAAAUCAGACUGCUUAUCGGAUACUCCAAGUUACACUGAUAUAUACAAAACAUUCAGUCCUACAUUGGCUUUGGGAAAUUGUUCAAUCAACUGGCCUGAUAAUAGUGAAAGAGAUUUUAGAACCCUCAACAUGUAUCCACAGGUAUUUGCUGUUCGUGUUCAAGUUGGAAAGCCUCAUGUGGCUGUUCAAGGACCUGUUGACUACUUGGGCGUCGAGAUCAUCAGACACUGCAGAGAUCUUGAUGUGUAA